UUUGUCAGAGGCGACCGGCGGCCAUUUUAGGUUCGGGCGGAAAUCCAGUUAAGACCGUGCGGUUAAAAGCCUGAAAAUUAAAAUCAAGGCAAACUUGCACGUUCAACUCAGAGCCCAAGAAAAGAGACAUCUUCACUGACCAACUAGGCGGCUGGGGACAGAGGGUGAACCGCUGGGCCGGCACCGCCGCCCAUACUCAAGAUGGCACCGGCCUGAGAAUCACCGGCGAGGCCGCCCCAUCUCGGUUCCGGGUUCUUUCGCCCCAGUGGUGGCGUUGUAGGGCUGAAGGCUGGCAUCCUGUCCGGCUUCCGGACCCGUCUCUAUGGUGCCGGAGAGACCGGACCUCAGAAGAUUGUGGGGGUAGUGGCCAGAGUAUCACGGGGGAGGCGAGGGUGGUUGGUGUCAACAGGGGGCGAAGAGGGGACCGAAGCUAAGAUCCUCGGCUGCCCCCCGCGCCGCCCUCCCACAGGUUUGCUUGGCUUUGAGGAGGAGCUGCAGCACCCCUGCCUCACAGCCUAAGGGAUGGGCUCAGAGAACAGCGCUUUGAAGAGCUAUGCCCUGAAGGAACCACCGUUCACCUUACCCUCUGGACUUACUGUUUACCCCGCUGUAUUGCAGGAUGGCAAAUUCGCUUCGGUUUUUGUGUAUAAGAGAGAAAACGAAGACAAGGUUAAUAAAGCUGCCAAGCAUUUGAAGACACUUCGUCACCCUUGCUUGCUAAGAUUUUUAUCUUGCACUGUGGAAGCAGAUGGUAUUCAUCUUGUCACUGAGCGAGUGCAGCCUCUGGAAGUGGCUUUGGAAACAUUGUCUUCUGCAGAGGUCUGUGCUGGGAUCUAUGAUAUAUUGCUGGCUCUUAUCUUCCUUCAUGACAGAGGACAUCUCACACACAACAAUGUCUGUUUAUCAUCUGUGUUUGUGAGUGAAGAUGGGCACUGGAAGCUGGGAGGAAUGGAAACAGUCUGUAAAGUUCCUCAGGCCACACCAGAGUUUCUGAGGAGUAUUCAGUCAGUAAGAGACCCAGCAUCUAUCCCUCCUGAAGAGAUGCUUCCAGAAUUCACAACUCUGCCAGAGUCACAUGGACAUGCUCGGGAUGCCUAUUCUUUUGGGACAUUGGUGGAAAGUUUGCUCACAAUCUUAAGUGAACAGGUUUCAGCGGAUGUUCUCUCCAGCUUUCAACAGACCUUGCACUCAACUUUGCUGAAUCCCAUUCCAAACUGUCGGCCAGCGCUCUGCACCCUCCUGUCCCAUGACUUCUUCAGGAAUGAUUUUCUAGAAGUUGUGAAUUUCUUGAAAAGUUUAACAUUGAAGAGUGAAGAGGAAAAAGCUGAAUUUUUCAAGUUCCUCCUGGACAGAGUCAGCUGCCUGUCAGAGGAAUUAAUAGCUUCACGGCUGGUGCCUCUUCUGCUUAAUCAGUUGGUGUUUGCAGAGCCAGUAGCUGUUAAGAGUUUUCUUCCCUACCUCCUUGGCCCCAAAAAAGAAGACGGUGCGAGGGGAGGAGCCCCCCGCCUGCUCUCACCAGCCCUGUUCCAGGCGCGGGUGAUCCCCGUGCUGCUGCGGCUGUUUGAGGUGCACGAGGAGCACGUGCGGACGGUGCUGCUGUCUCACCUGGAGGCCUACGUGGGGCACUUCACCCAGGAGCAGCUGAAGAAAGUCAUCCUGCCCCAGGUAUUACUGGGCCUGCGUGAUACCAGCGAUUCCAUUGUGGCAAUUACUCUUCACAGCCUGGCAGUGUUGGUCUCUCUACUUGGACCAGAGGUGGUUGUGGGAGGAGAAAGAACCAAGGUCUUCAAAUGCACUGCACCAAGUUUUACUAAAACUAUGGACCUUUCCCCACAAGAUUCUCCCACGCACGUCGUCUGCAGCCAGCGCAGUCAGAUCUCACCUGUCUUGAAGAACCCCUCCUCUAGCAUAUUCCCUAAAUGUUUUUCUGGCAACGUGCCCAUCACCAGCAAGAAGCACAUACAGCGAGAUUACUACAGUACUCUUUUACAGACAGGCGAUCAGUUUUCUCAGCCUAUUAAAUUUCCCAUCAACGGAAUCUCAGAUGUGAAAAUCACCUCAGGAGACAGUGAAAAGUUCCCGUCGAGUUCUAAAAAGUCUGAGGAGUGGCCUGACUGGAGCGAGCCUGAGGAGCCUGAGGACAAACCUGUCGACACAGAGAUUUGCCCUGCAGACCCCCAUGCUGCUGCCAGGUCGCCAUUCACCGACUUGAAUGCAGAGGCGGCGGCUUGGGAUGACUUUGAGCCCAGCGGUGUAGAUACUGAAAUAAACCCAGGAGGUGGAAUCACGGCUGCAAGACCUGUCACCUCAGGGGAGCAAAAGGCCACUCCUACUUUGCGUCCACUCACUGAAGAGGCCAAGCCUUUGAAAUCAAGCCUACCCCAAAAGACCAGUCUUGCACGAAGCAGGGAUGACCCAGACCAAACCAAGCCACCAAAAGUGUCGUCACAAGAAAGGCGCCUUAAAGCUCCAUCAGAACUUGGUUUAGGAGAGGAGUUUACCAUACAGGUGAAAAAGAAGCCAGUAAAAGACCCAGAGUUGGAUUGGUUUGCUGAUAUGAUCCCAGAAAUUAAGCCUUCAGCUGCUAUUCUUAUUUUACCUGAACUGAGGACAGAAACAGUAGCUCCCAACAAGGAUAACGUCUCAUCAGUGAUGCACUUUUCCUCAAAAUUUGCUGCAGCAGAAAUUACUGAGGGAGAGGCUGCAGGCUGGGGAGAAGAUGGCGACCUGAACUGGGAAGACAAUACCUGGUGACAACGGGUGUGAGUUAAUCUUUAGGAAAAUGGAUUCCUUUUUUAAAAAAUCAAAUACCUCAAAAGCAGGCUCUGCAGACAAGAAAACCCAAAAGCAUCCUGUUUUUCUCAUACCAGGAGCUCUUUUUCCAGUCAGUGCCAACAGAAGUGUGAGACCUGGCGUGCUGGCGGGGAGCCCUGGGCGGUGCAGAGGUUCACAGCCCUUCUCAGAGGAAGAGGCUGUGUGUCUGACUGAGGCCAGUUUCUGUGAAGAGCAAGUGGCUGUGGAAAGGUUGACCUUUACUGCUUUUUUCCAGAACAAUUCUGGAAGUAAAGAAAAUAAAUACAAAAACUCAAGCUGAUUAGCUUAAUUUUGUGCUAUUUCUUUGUCAGAAGAGUAAGCUCUAUUAUGAAAUCAACUUAUUGAAAAAAUUUUAGCUAUAAAGUAUAUAAAUGAUUUUAAAUUGCUAAGGUUUCCUUAGGCAGUUUAUUUGUUUACAGAUGUACUAUCUGAGUGAGUUACCGACUGUUCCUGUUUUAUUACCUUGUACCAAAGCUCUUCAUGAGAUAUAUCCCCACCAUCCUGUUCUCUAAAUGUCCAAUAAAGACUAUUUUAACUAGAAUCAACUUUAGAAAAGUUUUAUGUGUUAGAAAAUGUACAGACAUAUAAUUACAUCAAUAUUUUCAUCUAUAGGUGAAAUGCACUGUAGGAUGACAGAAAAAAUCAUCCAGCUCUUACCUAGCGAUAAUUAAUAUGGUCCAGUCCAUUCAGUUCUCACCCUAGAAUACAUGAUGUUUUAGCUUAUCAAUCCUUUCUUGGAGUGUCUCCAUUUUUGUCAGAAGCCAGUCUGGAGGAGGAGACUUUUGGAGUAAUAACUCGAUUGCCUCCAAGGCCGCUGUUGCUGCUUGCAGUGCUGACCUGUACUCUUCUUCCAAGGGGAGCUCGUGACGGGCUCUUUUCGCAGAAGGCUGGCAAAUGAGAAAAACAAGUAGUGCCAUGAUACCCAUUCCAAAAUUGUAAAAAUAAAGAACUUUCCUUUGGACUAGAGUAAAGCUUAUAAGGACAAAUUCUAAAGCUGUAAAGUUUUAUAUGAAAAUUUUAUUCCGGUUAUUGGUUCACAAGCGCAGGAGGGCACCCGCCCCCUGCAAGCGUCUGGAGAGAGAUGUGAAGGCAUUUUUGGUUUGUCACAGGGAUUCAGGCUGCUACUACCAUUAAUGCUCAAGGUUGAAGGAAACUAAGAAGUGCUGCCUUGUCCAGUAACUUCCAGUGAGUAUUCUUUAGCCAUAUAAUCUGUCCUUACAAAAAAGCUCCAAAUAUGAAUUUUCUAAAUGCCUGCUGUUUUUCUUUUUAAUGCUGAGUUUAUAAUGAUGCUUUCGGAGCCAGUUCAGUAAAUUGCCAGGGUUUCUAACAUCACCGCACCAGGAAGGGGAAGAAGGAUUGGGGCCAAGACAGUUUUUAUAAUCCCUGUCUUCCUAAGGAAGCUCAUAACAUAUAAAUUCUUGAGGGCUUAUUUAUACUACUGAUAUAUUUAACUUUACAGAUGUAAGGCAUAAAAGUUAACAUGUCUUAAAAACAAUUUUUUUUUUUUUAAUGAGAACUGUAACUUAAAUUUACCAUUAUGGAUUACCGUUCCAAAUAUACUAUUACUGCUCAAAACAAGUUUAAUAUCCUUAGAGGUAUCAGAUUUCUGCCUUUUAAUAGGUAGAUGUGAUUUCUAGACAGUGCCAAAAACUCUUAGGCUGAUUUGAUGAAUGAGGCAAAGGAUCAAAGUAAACAUUUUGGAAGGUAAGUUAAUUGGUUUUCUUCUGUGGUUCAGAAACUACUGCAUUUGUAGCAUCACUGGUACAAAGACAUAACUUUCCCAAAGGUUACUACAAAUAAUUGACAGUUAUGUUAAGAGUAUAUUUUGUAUGAUUUUUAAAACUUUUUUUGUAGUCCCUCCUCUGUUCUAUGUGUUGAUAAGCUUUCAGAAGAAGAAAUGUGAUUUUUAAGAGUAGCUACCAUAAAACAAUUUUACAUGUCUAGAUCUAUUUAUUUUGAUAUUCAGUAUGAGGCCAAGAACCAUGCUAGUUUCUGUUUUAUCAGUAAGUAAUAAGGCAGAAUUUCUUAUUAAAGCUUGAUCCACACUGAAAAGCAGUCCAUACCUGUAAAGCUGACUUCUUUGCUUCUUCUACAGUAACUUUAGCAAAGGGCUCCCAGAAGGUACCUUUUUCCUGUUUGACACGUUCCACUCUGGCAGCUGCAGUUUCCUCUACAAACCCCGUCUGCCAGAGACCAUGAAAAACCAAGCAAACAUCAACAUUAGCAUUCUCUACUCAAUAUUAAAAUGGUGUGAUAUUCAGAAGGUGAAAAGGCCUGCGUGUUUAAGUGCCGGAUGUUAAACUGCUCUGGUUUAGCCUGUGAACUAAGCAAAUUUUGGAAGUAAGUUGCAGUCAUCUGUAAAUGUAUCCUCAGUGUAAUUGGGGUAAAAUUAUUCCACAGUGUUCUCCUUCCCUACAGAAAAAUGAUAGUCUGAUAGCCUUUACUGAAUAGGGUGAGAAAUUGUUAAAAGCAACAUGUGCACACACUUACUUAUCAUCCAGCUGAUAUGUAAUAUAUGCAUAUAUAAAAAUAAUGAGACACAGUCCAGUUCAAUAAUGAGAUUAUAUUAAAAAAUUAAGUACUUAAGCAUAAUUCACUUUCUCCUAGCAUUCUAAAUUUGUGGUGUAACUGUUCUGUGAGUGCUUCAAUUAACCUUUAACUUACAUCCUACCACUAUCUCCAUAUAAGUUUCAAAGCAUGCACAAAUAUGGGAGCCAUACGAUUCAACAGUUUGGAAAGUCACUAUUUGGAAAAGCCAUGACUGAAUUACAGGGGUGAACAUGAUCCUCACAGGCCUACGAUUCUACAUGUGAAUCUAAUUAUGAUGAGUAACAGGUGAGGGAUCCUCAUUCUUCAUCUCACUGCCUGAAUGAUCAAUGCAAUAGUAUCCCAAACUACAGGCAGAGCAACUCCAAAGUGUUUUACUUCUGACUUGUAAUGAGGUCCCAACUGCUUAAUAAUAAUGUGGGUCACCACUGUGUUAAUAAGCACUGUGAAAAAUUGGAGCUAACAAAGAUAUUCAACUUGGUUAUAAUUUGAAAAAAAAAGUAACAUGAUAAAGAACAAAAUAUGUGCCACUACUAUUUUGAUUCUAUAUAAAUAAAAUACCUU